AUGUAUCACCUCGCCAAGGGUCUCUAUCUCUACGCGACCAGCAAAGAAGAAUACUCCGUCAUCCUCCUCGGUCUCGACAACGCCGGCAAGACCACCUUCCACGAGCAGGUCAAGGCCAUGUACCACCCCGACGCGCCCGCCCCCAAGCUCAAGACCGUCCCGACCGUCGGCCAGAACGUGUCCACGCUGGCGCUGCCCGACAUGUACCUCAAGGUGUGGGACGUCGGCGGCCAGCACUCGCUGCGCCGCCUGUGGGAGAGCUACUACACCAGCUGCCACGCCAUCGUCUUCAUCGUCGACUCGUCCGACGUCGGCGACGGCACGCUCGAGCACGACGCCACCGGCCGCCUCGACGAGUGCCGCCGCGUCCUCGAGGACGUCCUGCAGCACUCCGACGCCGAGGGCGUCCCGCUCCUCGUCCUCGCCAACAAGCAGGACCGCGAGGACUGCGUCGAGACCAUCCGCAUCAAGGAAGGGCUCGUCCAAAAGGUCAUGGAGGGCGACAAGGCGGACAGCAUCCGCGACACCCGCGUCCUGGCCAUGAGCGCGCUGACGGGCGACGGGGUUCGCGAGGCGGUCGACUGGCUGCGCACGCGCGUGCAGUGGAACAAGGAGUCGAGGCCGCCGGUCAUGCGCUGA